CUGUUUCCUCAUUGAAUUAGAAAUGUAGGUGGUUCGUAACUAACUACCCUGCCGCCUAAGUCUCUCCUACGUGUCGCGAUUAUUAGCAGCGACGGUUGGAUUCCACACAUUUCCACCUUUUCGUCCUCUCCUUUUCUCACUCUGCUCCUCUCGAAUCGACAUUCCCGUACCUGCGUUGUAUUCCAUACUACAUCACCACAACUUCCCGCUAGACUCUUACAUUCAUUCGUAAAAGAACAUUACAGAUUAUCACUCGUAAUCCACUCUCAUUGCUCCGUUUCAACGACUAUCUGCUCCACCAUUUCUGCAUUGCGCCAGCACAAGUCAGCAGCAGCAGCAGCAGCCAUGGCGCCUCCACCGAACCCGCAUCACCAGCCUCAUCCUCCCACUCUUCCCACGGUCGCUGAGUCCCGGUGGGAGGACGAGCUCUCUCCAACCACCACAUCUACCAACGGCGCGCCGAUCUCUCCUCUUCUACAACGCGACCCGCACUAUUCCCUGCAGGAUAAGGCGCGAGCAGCGGCUGCAGCGUCCAAGGCAGCUGCCGUAACCCCCGCCGCAGCCGGCGCCGCCGAAGUGCAGCCCAAUGCCGCAUCGUAUUCGAGCUCCAACGCCGAAGGGGAUUUCUCGUUUUCCGUCCCUUCCGCAGACCCCCACGAUGCAACAUCUCCUUCCGCUUCCGCUUCCGCUGCCGAUACUCGCGCAACCUCCGCAGGCGCCAGCGACGACUCCAGCGCCGCCGGUCGCGCAGCCGCUUCCGCCAGCAGUAAUGGGGAGCAACGCGCCCCCUCGCGGCCGCUGCGGCCGUUAAGCAUCGAAUACCCGUCGGGUACGGCGCCUGGAGCGCAGAAAUCGCCGUCAAAUGUGGAGUACACAAGCAGCAGCAGCAGCAGCAGCGCGGCCAUGCCCCGCGCGAUGCCACGUGGCCGACGCGGCAGCACGAGCCCGCACGGUUCGGGUGGUAAGAUCGGAGUAGCGGGGCUCGCGGGGAUCGCGGGGACCGCUCGCGCGGCGGAUGGCGGAGAUGACGUGGAGUCGUUGCUUUCCCCCGGUAUGCUGCAUUCUAACCACCCUAAUCUGUACCUCCCUAAUCCGAGGCCGUCUCCGAGACUUACGGCUCAUCCGCGGCUGUUCCCGCGGGGUUUGUCGUCGCACCCGUCGUCGUCCAACCUCUCGGCGUUGGAUUCAGUUCGUAACUGGUUUUCGUCAUUCUUCGCACGGUCGGCUGGCGGAACUCCGUUGAAUUCGCCAACCACGGCCGGAGCGGAGGACAGGGGAGGGGGAGGGUUUGGCGGAAAGAUUUCGGCGCACUUUUGGUUACUGGUCCUGCUGCUUUCCGCGGUAGGGUUGGUGGUUGCUGUGAUGGUGUGCGUGUGGCUGGUGGUGAUAGCGAAAGGCGGCGAUAGUGGUAACCCGGAGGACUAUUACCUCGGGCCGCACACUUUGCGAAUCAACGAAGUGCAGGUCGUGGGGAGUCGUAACAGUUACCACGUGGCACCGGAACCGGAGGUGAUGAAGUGGCUGUGGGAGAGCGGAAUGAUGUCGUUCGCUCGGACUGCGAAUUUCACACACAAGCCGUUACAGGAGCAGCUCUCCGCGGGUUACCGUUUUCUACACUUCGAUGUGCUGUAUGAUCCCCAGGGCGGCCGCUACGCCUCCCCAAACGUGUACCAGCGCAUAGACCGAGCGCCCAACACUCAGCUCAACCUCAAUGAGCCGGGCUACAAGGUGAUGCGCAUGCAGGACGUGGACUUCCUCUCCACGUGCGGCACGCUGCGCGACUGCCUGGCGGCAGUGAAGGCCUUCUCCGACGACCACCCGCGCCACCUGCCCAUCACCAUCAGCAUCGACUUCGGGGAGGGCUCGCCCAUCAUGCGCCGCCUGGCGCAAGUGCUCACUCGGCCGCUGCCCAUCACAGAGCAGAGCCUGCUGGACCUCGAGUACGAGAUCCUCUCCAUCAUCCCGCGUUCCCAAAUCAUCACCCCCGACGACGUGCGCGGCUCACACUCCUCUCUCGCUGCUGCAAUUGCCACCCGCUCCGCCUGGCCCGCGCUCUCCACCUCCUCGGGCCGCUUCCUCUUCCUCCUCUCCCACGCCAAGGCCCUCCCCUUAUACCGCCAAAUGUCACCAACCCUCGAGGGGAGGCUGCUCUUCACUGCGCCGACGGCAUCUGGGGAAGGCGACAUCCACAACUCUCCUGACCAGGCGGUGCUGAUAGUAGAAUCCCUGGACUCCCUCGCAGCGGAUAUGGUGACCAAGGGGCACCUGGUGUGUGCCCCGUUGCGCCGAUGCGAUCAAACUGGCGUUUCAUGUGGGACCAGGCGGUGAGGCAGGUGCCAGAUUAUCACUGUGGCUGAUCUGUGGAACGAGCAGACGGAGAAGCCGUUGGGACGGGGAGCGACGGCACGGAGACGGUUUUGCAUAGGGGCCGGCAAGGACAGGAAUCACCGCCAUCGUCGUCAUCAGAUGCGACAAAUCAAGGUCAGAAUACACU